AUGUCUGACAAAGAACUUUUGAAUAUACAUAUAAAUCUUACCAAACCAACAGUGUCAGCAGAGGUUGGCAUUACAAGCAUUACAGGGCAAUACAAUCACCCUUUGUUGAAUGAUGUAGAUUUGUAUAUACCUAAAUACCAAAGAUUAUCUGAUAAUAUAAUAGAAGACAUUAAAUUUUAUGUUACUAAAGGGAAUAUGGGAGCCAAACAAAUAUAUCCUUUAUUGGUCUCUAAAUUCCCUGACCAAAUUUUAUUAAAACAGAAUCUUUAUAAUGCUAUUAAAAAGUUUAGAUUAUCUUUAAAUAAUCAUCAUGAUGAUGCACAAAAUAUGAUACAACAACAUGAUUUAAUUGUGAACAGUAAUACUAAAAGCAGAUUAGUUGCACAAUGUUUAUCUGAAGAUGAAACAAUUGAAAGUUAUGAUUGGUUUUUGGAAUGUAUUCUAGAAGCAACUUACAAUAAACAGCCAUCAUCUUUAUUUUCAGAUGCUGAUUCUGCCUUGAUGAAUGCAAUAGCUAGAAUACAAAGUACUCAAAGGGUCGAGAAGCAAUUAGAUAAUGAAGCCCAAUGGGCCUAUCAUAACAAUUUUCUUCAAAGUCUUCUGACUAAUAAUUUACCAUCAGUCUUAGAGCCAGUUUUUUCUAAAGUAUUUGAACAAAUAAAAAGAUAUCUUACACCUUAUAUUCAAUCGAUUCAACAACAACAAAUUCUUGAUGCUUUAUUAUAUUGUUCAAAGUUAGUUUCUAAAGAUUCUAUUAACAUUGUAUUAAAUGAUGAGAAGAUUGAUUGUGAUAUAGGAUUUCUUGAAGAUCAGCUUGAAAGACCACAAACAACUUUAAGCUAUUUGUUAAAUAGUGCAUCAUUAGAAGGUGAUUAUAGCAAAAUUAGUAAUAGUGCUCUUAAUUUGUCUGAUUCUAAUUUGUAUAUACAACCAUUACAACAAUUAGAAAAUACAUCUGUAUCAAGAGUUCCUUUUUGUACUAUUAAUAAAAACACUUCAAUAACAACAAUACAAGUUAUUAAUGAUAAUAGUAUUAAAU